CCCCCCAUCCCCCCUCCUCUUCCCCGACUACUUUUGAAGAAAAUGGAGACAGACACCACGACCAAGGCAUCCUCCAUCUCGACCUACAAGUUGGUCAUUGUCGGCGAUGGUGCCUGUGGUAAGACUUGCCUCCUGACGGUCUUCUGUCAUCGCUCCUUCCCGGAGGACUACGUGCCGACCGUCUUCGACAGCUGGGUUGCCACGGUGCAUCUGGAAGACCGUGUCGUCCAGAUGUCCAUGUGGGAUACUGCCGGCCAGGAGGAGUACGACCGCCUGCGCCCGCUGUCCUACCCCUCGACGGAUAUCGUGCUCAUCUGCGCUUCGGUCGAUGAGCCUGACUCCCUGGCCAACGUCGUGGACAAGUGGCACCCGGAGGUCGUGCACUUCUGCAACGGCGUGGGCUACUUCCUGGUCCUGUCGAAGGCCGACCUCCGGGACAACCCGGAGGUCGUGGCCAGCCUGGCCGCGCGCGACCAGAAGCCCAUCUCCACCAGCGAAGCGAAGGCCGUCGCCAACAAGAUCGGGGCCGCCGGCUUCUUCGAGUGCAGUGCCAAGGAGAACAAGGGCGUCGAUGAGAUCUUCCACGCGGCCGCUCGCUACGUGACUGAUGUCAUCCGCCGGAAAAAGCCCCGCUGCCUUCUGUUCUAGGCGGUGCUGGCGGAACUCCAUGCGCCAGCUGUGCCUGUCCGUGUGGGCGUGGGUGUGCCGGUGCCUGUGUGCUCGCCAGCUGUGCUAUGCCUGCCGCCGGAUACCUUCCCACUCGCGCAUCCAGCCAAGGACCCCUCUCCAUCCCGCGCACGCAUACAGCCGUCGCCGCCUCCGUAUUUGCCCUGUGCUUCGCGUUCCUGUCCCUUCCUCCCCAAAUCCACCAGUGCAAAAAGGGGGCGGCGGGGUCGCCCUGCGGUUGCCCUUGUCCAGCCAGUGGGAUUUGGCUCCCCCCCCCCCCCCCC